AUGGCCGAAAGAAUCCGCAUUCCCAGGACAGGUAUAUCAUUGCUCACAGGUAAGGUCCACCUCACUCUCCUCGCUCCACCUGCUCCUUGCGGAACCAACGGCACUGAGAUGUAUUCUUGUGGCACAGUUGAGGAAACAACCAUGAAUUAUUACAGCAGUCUUUAUGCUAGAAAUGCAUUCACUCCUUACCACCAACACACUCCCACCCUGACUCUUCCUGGCGUCCGUGGGCAGAUCAGCAGCGUUUCACCGCCUAAUUUGUACAGCGGUGUCGGGGAGCUUCCCUAUCCGAACCUGCAGCACCACUACGGUGCCCUUGCUAACGCUGUUUCACCGCCCACGCUCUCCCCUCCGCCCGAGAAACCCGUCACGCCCACGAGGGAAGCGCACACAUCGUCCUGGUGGAGUUCAACUGCUUAUAACACGCCGACUUCUCACGCCACUUAUGAUUAUCCAUUCCAUCUUUAUCAGCAGCACGCCAGUCUCGCUGGACCUUUGGUGGGCCAAGGCAGCCCGAGCCUCAUUCCGCAUCAAGCGAACGCCUUCGCACAGGACAACAUUCUUCACCAGCAAAGGCGCGUCGCUUCUGCUGUCAGCGGGUCUGUCGGUGCUCGGCGUUGUCGACGAUGCCGCUGCCCCAAUUGCCAGGACGCUUCACGAAAUAGUACAGGUGCCAAGAAGGAACACAUCUGCCAUGUCCCGGGAUGUGGCAAGCUCUAUGCCAAGACGUCCCACUUGAAGGCACAUCUGCUUUCACACACCGGAGAACGGCCUUUCGUGUGUCACUGGAUGUACUGCGACAAGGCGUUCACUCGCUCCGAUGAACUGCAGCGUCACCUCAGAACGCACACGGGCGAAAAACGUUUCCAGUGUGAACAGUGCGGAAAACGUUUCAUGCGAUCUGAUCACUACAACAAGCACGUCAAGACUCACGAAAACCGACGCGCCCGUAUUGCUCCUGCUUCUGCCGAAGGUGUCGACGUCGAUGUCGAUGUUGAGUUGUGUGAUGAUAUUGCUAAUGAUUAUAGUGUGGACUUUCACUCAUUCACAUUGCCAGAUUCUCCCGUCUCUGAAGCAGAUUUGCAGGAGUCCGAUUUGGACGUCGGAGGUGCGAUGCGCAACUGA